AUGGCGGCACCUACAAUCGCACCACCACCUAUUCAUAAAAGAAUACAAGACACUGCUGUUCCUAGCCCUGCUCCUAUUCCAACACAAAAACCACACUGGAUCCAAUUUUCACUAACUGAAUGCCUUUUAUCUCCACCUCGGACACCGCCAGCACCAGCUCCAACACCACCUGAACCAGAAACUACUCCACCUCCCUCAGCAUGUCAAUUGCCCUCACAAGAAGAAGAUCCUUUUCAUAAAAGAAAAAGAAAACUUAAAGACUAUGGAAGUAUUCCUGAACUUCUGGCAUCUUACAUUGCUACUAAUAAUACAAUUACUCAAAAUGAAUUAGCUGAUUUAGUUUCUAAGGAGACAGGUCAGGAAAUAACACAAAAAAAAUUAAAUGAGGAAAAAGCUAAGGCAUUCAAUAAAGAAAUUAAGCCUUUGCUAACUGAACAUCCCUUCAUAGCAAUAGAUGAAUGUUCCUUUUACCCUAAUCUAGAUCCAAGAUUUGGUUACUCCUUGAAAGGCGAAAGGGCAGUUUCUAAAAAACCUAAUAAUCAAGGAGAACAUUAUACCCUUUUGCUUGCUGUCAGUAAUUUAAAGAAAAAUGAAAUAAACCCUAUCGGAGAUAAGAAAAAUUAUUUGCUAAUGGAUAAUGCUCGGAUACAUAAUGCUUCUAGAAAAAGAAAAGAAGCAAACUUACCUAGCAUCGAGGAACAAAUGGCAAGGAAAAAUAUAGAAACAGAAUACAGAAAGACAAAGAACUAUUAUGAAGGGAUGAAGUUAGCAAUUGAGAAAGCUGUUGAAGAAUUGAAUAAGCAAGAUCUUUCAAAAGACUUCUGGCACUGUAAGUUGGUUGUAAAACAAGAGCAAAAAGAUAAAGAACUAACUAAUUUAGAGGAGAAAAUUCAAAGAUUACUAAAUGAAUUGAGUUCUUUAAAAAGUGAACUUGAUAAUAAUGACGGUAUCUCUGUUGCUAAAAAAAGCCAGUUAGAGAAAAAACAAUCUAAUUUAGAAAUUCAGAUAAAAAAUCUUUCUAGCCAAGAGAAACAAAACAAAUCGACUAUUGAAAAGUUAGAGAAAGAAGUUGAAAAGUUAAAAAAGAGGUUUGAGAAUGAUAAAAAACCUGAUAAAGUUCCAGAACCAGACAAUAAAAAAGAAGAAAUUGUUAAUUACAAAUACCCUUUAAUAGGGGAAAAAGUUGGUUAUUAUGUUUUUGACAAUAUUUCAUCAAAUAGAGACCGAAAACUUUUUUAUAUUAAUCAAAAUCAUCCUCAAAUCAAAAAAUUAUUAAGUCAAGAAAAAUUACAAGAGAAUAAACAGUUUGCUAUCCGCUAUGGAAAGAUUGAUAAAGAAAGUAGUGGUAAAGUUGUUUUAAUCUUUAAUGAAGACAAUCAAGAAUUAGAAAUUAUUGAAGUUUAA